CAACACAAAGCAGGCUGCAAGCCCCUCCCACCGAACUCUCCCCGUGCGCGGGGAAUGCUGGGAGCUCCAUUUCCUUAGCAAUGGCUGCGCCCACCGACGCGUAAGCUGUUUUCACUCUGAACCUGUAACGUUCUGUGCUGAAUGACCUCAGCUAUAGAUUUAAUCGCUGCUACCGAAAUCGGGCUGUUUGUUCGGGUUCCCAGCUUGGUACGGCUCCUGCAGCGCCCACUAGACUGACGAUGAGACAGACUGAGGAGAAGCAGAGGAUGGUCACACAGGAGUAUGUAGAUGGUGAGGAGGCUGAAGUGGAACAGCUAAAGAAAACGCUACGGGCACAGAGGCAGAGAAGAAAGAAAGCACUGAUUGAUCAUGAUGAGGACAUACGAACAGAAGACCCUGUGGAAGAUCUCACACCUACAGUCCGAGGGCAACGCAGCCUUCCACCUUUAGCCGCUUCCACUCCCGUGCCCAGUGCUGCUGAAGCUUCCAUGAGAGAGCGUCUCAGAGAAAAACUGAAAGCUGCAAGGUCUAAAGCAGAAAGUACACUACAGGACAAAUCCCCAGUUGUUUCACCUCGAAAAUUACAUAAGUCUAAAUAUGCAGAUUCAGUCAAAAGGUUUGAUGAAGAGGAUUCCUUUCCACUGGACAAAGUUAGAGAAGCUGAGACUGAGUUGACAUCAAGAGUCCGAUUCCGUGACGCUGUAAAGACCGUACAGAAAAAGUCCCAGGCCCAGGAUGGAUACCCUAAUGCUGAGGAAUCCUACAAUUUCUUCACAUUUGACUUUAAAACAGACACAGUUGAUGAAAUUCCUGAUGCGCCUAAAAAGGAAGACACAGAAGAAGAAGAAGAGGAAGAGUCUUCUAGAAAACCAAUAGAAGAGGAACACCAAGGGGAGGCAGAAGAUGGAAUGGGAGAAGAGGAGUCGUCGUUGGUUCCUGAGGAUGACCUUUUUGUCAUUGAUCAGACAUUGCGGGAUUUUAUUGAGCUCUUGCCUGCUGAGUAUGAAGGCUACCGCAAUCAACUGCAGAAGGAGCUGAACUGUUUUUUUAUUCCAAGCAUGCAACCUGUGCCGACUGCACAAAAGGUAGCAGAAAACAUGCAGCCAAGAUUUUUGGAAGAUGAGGGUCUGUAUACUGGUGAGAGACCCAAAAUAUCCCAAACCAAUCAGAACAUUCUGGAGAACAGAAUCUUGCGGCAAGAAGAGAGUAAAAAAUGGUUUGGUGAUGAUGGCAAAAUUCUGGCAUUGGCUAAUCCCAUUAAACAGUCCUCUACAAGGCCUCCUAUAUUUUCCUUGCAUGAAGGCACAGAUCCAGCCCUGGAAACCAUAUAUGUAAAGGCAGGGCCACCAAAGCAAGAGAAUAGGUAUGCGGUUGGAUCAGGAGAGUUUCAACUGGAUGUUGAUAUCUCAGGAGUGGUUUUUACACAUCACCCUCUCUUUAGUCGGGAGCACGUGCUGGCAUCCAGGCUGGCACAGUUAUAUGAUCAGUAUCUGGGACGGAAACAAAAGAACCUCUCCGGUCUGAUGACAGACAAGCUUCAUGCUUUGAGGAAUGCUGUGCAGAACAUCUAUGGAACCAGAGCAGGAAAUAGCUCCAGGACGUUUGUUGAACAAAGUAUAUAUGAGUACAAAAUGGAGAUCAGGCAAACAAGAAAGCUGCGGGACACAGAGCAACAGAAAGACAGAAUGCUUCUCAAGUCCAUCGUAAAAGUUUGGAAAGAAAUGAAAUCUCUUCGUGACUUCCAGAAGUUUACCAACACGCCCGUGAAACUCUUCUUGCGAAAGGAAGAUGUCAAUAAGAAAGCAGACGAAGAGGCACAUGAAGCUGAAAUCCAGGCCGAGAUACAGGAGCUCAUGGAAGAGUCUAUGGAAGAACAUGAAAAGGAUAUGGUGCAAUAUAAAAGUGAUCUUCAGAAGUGGAAGUCAUCGAGAAAGGCACAGAAGCUGAAGAAAAAAAAGAAAAAAGAGGGUGCUGAUGAGGAAGAUGAAAUGAGUACUAGCUACGCUGGAGAGGAGCUCACCAAACCUUCUCCCCCUGCAAUGAUAGACAGAGAAGAUGUUGAGCAGAAGGUUCGAGAGAAGGCAGCUAACAUCAGAAGGAAACCUGGAGAGCCUAUACUAAUACCAGAAAUGAAUCUGUCAGGAGCUGUAACACCCAAUGAGUUGUGCCCAAGGGUAGAGGUGCAGAGGCGGGAGGAUAUACAAAAACAUUCUUUGUUCAUAAGAAUCCUUUUCAACAAUAAAGAAGUUUCUAGAACGAUGGCAAAGCGAUUGGGCUCAGACUUCAGAGUUCAUCUGGGCGAAAUUUUCAAUUUGCAAAUCUUCAAUUUGCCUGAAAGCAUAAAGUUAGAGAUACAUGAAACAGUUCGGCAUGGUGCCACAACUCUGCUGGCAGAAGCAUUUAUUCCUAUCCCGGAAACCUCAGUCCUUACUGGUAGAGCCCCUGUGGAGGAGAUAGAGUUUAGCAGUAACCAGAGAGUAAUGUAUGACCAUGAAGGCGUUGGCAGUGACGUCCCUUUUUCAUUUGAAGCCGAUGGCAGUAAUAAAAUGAUUUUGAUGACAUCUGGAAAAGUAUCGUACUGCGCUUCUUGGGGCGUUGGAGAAAAUGGAGUGCCUUUGGUUCCACCCAUUUUACAGUACAACACUGGCAUACAAAGAGCAUUUGAUAACAUGGACGCAGUUGCAUCUAUUGGAGCAUCUGGUUUAACUGACAUGAAGAAACUGGCCAAAUGGGCAGCAGAAUCAAAGCUUGAUCCUAAUGACCCUAACAAUGGAGCUCUUAUGCAACUGCUAAUGACUGCAAACAAAGGGGAAGCGUCUGUUCCAGAAUAUUUCAGGCUGGAGCACUUGCAGAAGGAGUUUGACUUUGUUUCGGAAGAGGAACUUAGAAGAUCAAAGAGGUUUAGGCUUCUACAGCUUCGUAACCAGGAGGUAGCAGAAUUUCGCAAUUAUAAGCAAAUACCUUUAAAGGACCGUGAGAUUUCUGAUAAGCUUUUCCAGGACUAUGAGAAGCGACAGCAACAACAAGAUACAAUCACUACAGAAAGCCAUCUAGAUAAACACCGGGUCUUGGUGGCUAAGUACCUACAAAAGGUUAGGGAAUCCGUGAUAAACCGGUUCCUCAUAGCCAAACAUCAUUUCAUUCUUUCCGAUUUAGUUGUUGAGGAGGAUAUUCCAAGUCUUGGUUCUGGUGGUUCCGGAAUUCUAGGCAUGAGUCUUUUCAAACUGGCUGAACCAAAACGCCCCCUCAAGCCACGGCGAAAAGAGAGGAAAAAAGUGACAGCUCAGAACCUGUCCGAUGGCGACAUCAAGGUCCUGGUGAAUGUUAUUCGUGCUUACGACAUUCCUGUUAGAAAACAGGCAGUAAGCAAACUAACACAGCCACCAAGAUCUGCAAGAUCCUUUAAUGAAAUGUUCACAUCGACGGCUUCACCUCAAGGCCAAACCACUUCUCCAGAGUCGACCAUUAACCAGGUUUUGGUGCGACCAUUUGUAGAAGUCUCAUUUCAGCGUACUGUCUGUCAGACCACAACGGCAGAUGGACCCAAUCCCAACUGGAACGAGGAGCUUGUGCUUCCCUUUAGGGCUCCUAACGGUGACUACAGCACGGCCAGUCUGCAGUCGGUGAAAGAUGAUGUGUUCAUCAGUGUCUUCGAUGAAGUGUCGUAUGAUAUUUUAGAAGAUGACAGGGAGAGAGGACAUGGAAUUCAUACACGGAUAGAGAGACACUGGUUGGGAUCUGUCCGUAUUCCUUUCACAACCAUCUAUUUUCAGGCAAGGAUCGAUGGGACAUUUUUAAUCGAAACUCCUCCGGUGCUUCUGGGCUACAGCAAGCAGCGCAGCGCAGGCUUUGAAGGUGGAUAUGAUGCCAUGCGAGGUCUGAGCCAAGGCUCUUUUCUAACCCUUUUCAUCACCAUUGAGCCUCAACUUGUACCUGGAGAGUCUGUGAGAGAAAAGUUUGAAAGCCGUGAAGAUGAGAAGCUGCUGCAGGCUGCGGAGAAGUACCAAAGUGAGGCAGGUCUGAAGUUCUCCAACCGCCAGUGCCUGACGACUGUCACCGACAUUAAUGGGGCCACUGUUUUUGUAACUAGAUACAUCAAACCCUUGAAUCCACCACGGGAACUUCUUGAUGCUCACCCAAAUAAUACUCAGGCUGCUUCAGAACUGGUGGCACACUACGUUUCUCUUAUCCCAUUCCUUCCAGACAACGUGUCAUUUGCUGGAAUCUGCAACCUAUGGAGUACAGCCGAUCAAUUCCUCGAUCUUCUGGCUGGAGACGAAGAAGAACAUGCCGUCCUUUUGUGCAAUUACUUUCUGGCCAUGGGGAAGAAGGCUUGGCUCCUGAUAGGAAGCGCAAUUCCUGAGGGACCAACUACGUAUGUGCUGACGUUGGAACAGAACCAGAACAUCAUAUGGAAUCCAAGCACUGGAAGUUUUUAUGGCCAGUACGAUACAUUUUGCCCACUACAAAGAGUUGGAUGUUUGAUUAACGCUGAUAAUAUCUGGUUUAACAUGCAGCAGUAUGACGCACCAAUGAGUAUAUCGUUUGACACAAGCAGGACUAAUAUGUGGAAGCCAUUCUUUUCAAGAAGUUACCCUCAUCCUGGACUUUCUAGUGUUCAGCCAGAAGAACUGAUUUACCAACGUGUAGACAAGGCGGCGGCUGCUGAACUGCAAGACAGGAUUGAAAAAAUCCUAAAAGAAAAAAUCAUGGAGUGGAGACCACGACACCCCACUCGCUGGAACAGAUAUUGCACGUCGACUCUACGGCACUUCUUGCCUCUGCUGGAGCUAAACCAGGGGAGAGACGUGGAGGAAGAUCAUCGAGCAGAACUACAGAGGCAGCUUGGGGAUUAUAGAUUUUCAGGGUUCCCAAUACAUAUGGCGUUUUCGGAGGUGAGACCCCUCAUAGAGGCCGUGUACAGCACAGGAGUUCAGAACAGUGAGGUGCCCAACGUGGAGUUUGCGCUGGCUGUCUAUGUUCAUCCCUAUCCAAAGAACAUCUAUUCCGUGUGGGUGUAUGUUGCCUCCCUCGUUCGAAACCGAUGAAGCUGAAAAAAUACUGCAAGAAGUCUUUAGAAGAAGUUUAUAGCCGAUUGCUUAGCCCUAUCCUGUAUUUGAUCCCCAUAUUCCUAAAUAGCCUGGCACAGAUCAGCCUCCAAAGAGCAAAAGCCCAAGCUGUGAGUAACCUGUAUGUUGAUGAGCGGGGGGGGGGUGUGUGACAUCAUAACACAGUGCAACAUUCUUACAUCACUUCAUUUAAUGAAGCGCAGAACUUAUUUGGGAGUUAUGUCAAUCACAGCGGUGUAUGAAUGUAUACAUUGUGUUUAAUUGUACAUAAUAUAUUUAUUGUGAUGGUUUUAUACAUUUAUAACAAAAAGAUGAAUAAAUACAAUACACAAUUGAG